UUUGAAAGCGAUUAUUGAAUAGUUUACUCAUCUACGCUUAUCUCUGCAAAAAUAAACAUAGCCUACACCCCAGAUGUUUCCUCUACUUUUAGAUUUAGUUAAAAAGACUUUUAAAUAAUUGUUCCGUGUUUUAAAAGUUUUAUGCGGUUACUUUUUAAUCACAACGCAUCCGUUCACAUUCGCCUUGCCAUUAUUAUGAAAGCGCAACUUAAGAAACUAAACGCGGUUUCUGUGAUAUAUGCUAAAAAGGUGACAUCUCGCCUAACUGUAAUUAGACAACGGGGAUCGUUUACUUCGUUUAAACCACCUCGUGCUUUUACUCGUUUCUGUGUACCAUUGAUCGAUUGAUGGAUUACAGUCCGGAAGUGACGUCGCUGCUGUCAGUGAACGUAACAAAUAUACUCCAUUCUGGAAAUUAGCUGUAUGUUAAUAUGACGGCUGCAGCCUUCAGAUUGUGUUCAGAAUAUUCUAAUCACACACACAUCAUGCCCGCACGUUCGUUUUUUAUUGUCUAUGCUCCUGAAUUGGUCUCGCGUGAAAAAUGACCUCCCCCUCCUCCCGAAGAAAUCCUGAAAUCCGCUGGCUCUUUCUCCAGAGCUUCUGUAGCGCCCAGAGCAGAUACAGAAACACACCCAGUGCAGACAACGAGUAAAUCGACUGUACAAGUCAUAAAAGGGGGGAAAGGGAAAGUUUGCGCUGCUCGGAUGCAUGUUUGUUGUGUGGAAUUACUUGUACGUGGUUAAGCAGCGAAGCGCCUCCCAGUGCCUCGGUCACAGACCUUGAAACCCUGCGCAUAUAUGCAAAACGCAUUUGGGGUUGAGCGCGAUCCUAUAGCUGAGGAGGGUCCUUCCACUUGCCCACAGGGCCCCCUCCACCUCAACCUUCUUUCCCUUCUUUACACAUCUCCUCCUGCAUGGACUCCCGAUGCCGGAUCAUGCUAAAAUAUUUGGGCAGAAACUCGGUUCCGUCGCUGGAGUCUGUGGCUGAAUUCUAAUUUGAUGCAUUACUGGGAAUAAUCUCCCUAUUUCUGACAGAAAAGAACUUACGUUGACUAUUUAUUCAAGCGCUCAAGAAAACUAAGUGAACACUCAAACCUGUUAAAGUAUUAGAUGUUUGAUCAGGCCACGAGUAUGGGCGAUGGCAUCGCCGAAGACCGAAACCACUGUGGAUCCAAUUCGUUGUGCCGUGACCGCGGCAGAGACGCCAAAAUCCGGGCGGAAGUGGGGAACCGGUCACCUGUGCAGAGUUCUACCGACACACCGGGGACUUCGGCGUCCACACCGACUUCAUCUAGCGAGGAUGGACACGAUAAACUUUUAGGAGUCGAUCCGGACUACUGUCGAAGGAUUCUGGUCAGAGACGCCAAGGGCACUAUUCGGGAGAUUGUUCUGCCAAAAGGCCUGGAUCUCGACCGGCCGAAGCGCACGCGGACCUCGUUCACGGCGGAGCAGCUCUACCGGCUGGAGCUCGAGUUCCAACGGUGUCAGUAUGUGGUCGGCCGCGAGCGCACGGAGCUCGCCAGACAGCUCAAUCUUUCAGAAACUCAGGUGAAAGUGUGGUUUCAAAAACCGCCGCCACCAAACAGAGUAAGAAGGACACAGACCAAGGACACUGACAAAACGGUCCAUCAUCCCACUUUUCUGAAUCGCUCGCCACCAUGCAACAUCCUGCGGCUGCUUGAACAGGGGCGUCUUCUGUCUGUGCCUGCACCUCCGCCCAACCCGCUGCUGGCUCACCCGCACGCCGGCAACGGCUCGCUCAUGGGAAGCCCGUCCGUAUCCACUUCCUCCGGGGUGAGUAGCAGCACCACGCCUCCCGGUGCGGCAGCGGUCGGGACGUUUGGACUGUCGCUGUCUUCUUUAGGCGGCACCCCACCCUCGCCGCGCCUCGGGGUCCCACACGCCCUCCUUUGCUUUACCAUGCCUCUCCUUGGAGGCACCCAUCACGAACUGCCAUCGGGAUAUGGGUGUGGAUCCUCAGCGUUCGAGCCCUACAUGAGGAUAGAGAGGAAGGACGGCGAGUUAAAUGGGAAGAAGACGGUUUCCUAAAAACGUUCCCAAACGAAUGGUACCUUCCCCCUUCUACCUGUC